GCACUUGACGUUGUUGCUUUCUCUCCAGACGAUUUCAGGAACAAGAAAGCACCAGGAUCUCAGUCUUACCCCCUCAGGUCUCAGGGGGCCGUGGAGGUCGACGCAGACAGGAUGGCCAGGAGGAGCUCCUGGAAAGGGGCGGGGAGGAACAGCCUGCGGCCGUCCUUAAAGCGCUUCAUCAGCACCUGCGCCUGGGUGGAGAAUGACGAGCCCUCUCUGCUGAAAGGUUUCUGCAGGAACGAGGAGACAGACUCACCCUGGGAGGAAAAGAAGCAGGAGGAAGUUGUGAGGAGGAAGUCCAGCCUAACAGAGCUGGGGAAUAAACUCACAUCGCUCAUCAUGCCUGCUAAGACACUUGAUCACCCUGCCCCCCAGCCGGAGGGGGCGUCCACAGCCCUCCCCUCGUGGCUGCCGGUGGCGCUGGUGGUGCUGGUGGUGCUGCUGGCGGCUCUCCUCGCUCUCCUGGGCAGCCUGGCGUUGAUGCAGGGUGCAGACGCGGCUCCUGUGGGCACCGGAGACUCCUGGGAAUCCAUCCCCCAGCGGCUAUGGUCCCGCAACGAUCUGGGGUCGCAAAACUGUCAGCGGCCUGCGUGA